GAAAAACUACUCUUGCAAAAGAAAUUCAGGAUUUAAGUGAAGAAAAGUUUUUAUUGGUUGGAAUUGAUGUACCUUUUAGUGCUAUACCCAAAAAAUUAGUGGGUUUUAGUGAAAAAACUAAAAAAGAAGGAUUUCGAUAUGUCAUUGACCCCAAAACUGGUAUCUGUGUUGACAUGAAAAUCAGUUCUUAUGCUGGAAAA